AUGCAAGGGAAGCGGCGCCAUGCGCCCGACAGCAGUGACGAGCGCCCCGGACCUGCAAAGCGCGCGCGCUUCACCGCAACCCACCCCGACGAUUCGAAAUCGAGGCCCCAAGGCAGGGCCGUCUUCGCCGCCGAUGACUUUUUGUCCUCUCUGUCGGACGAGCUCCUAAUCCGCAUUCUAUCAUUCCUGUCGACUUCUAAUCUUUUGGGCAUAUCACCCGUUUCGCGCCGAUUUUACCGCCUCUCUGCCGACUCCCAACUAUGGCGCACGCUUUACUACCACCGCUUCGUCCUGCCGCGCGCUCUGAAGAUACCCGGGUUUCGCGAUGGUUCUGCCCGAGACAGCAGUCGAAUUCAGUUCUCUACACGGCGCACCGUCUGGGCCGACGGUGGUUGGGGUCGGAGAGAUGCCCUGGGAGAUUCAGUUGACUGGAAGCGCCAGUACAAGCUGCGGCAUAAUUGGGCUAGUGGCAAUGCCUCGGUCCAGGAGGUGAAGGUGGGGGAAUCUCUAUACGACUCUGUGGGCACAGGGAAGACUCUGGUCAAAGUGAUUGAAGGCAUCGCGGUCACUGCCGACUGCGUUUCUGGCAUGCGAGCCUGGGAUCUCAAGACCAAGGAGCCUAUUGCCCAGAUUGACUUCAACGAUGGAAACGACGGAUCAUUUCCCACUUGCAUAGCGAUCGAUGCCCGGAACCUUGAGAAUAAGAGGCUUGACGUCUCAGUCGGGUUUCUGGAUGGGAGCUUCGGCGUUUGGGGGCUUGAUUUCGAAGAAGGUCGGUUUCAGAAAAGAUACAGGCACGAAAAGUCCAGUAACGGCCAACUGGUGGAGAUUGUCUAUCAUCACCCCUUUAUCCUCACGGCAACAGAAUCAGUUCUGGUAUCUCUGUACGAUUUUGAGCGAACCACCUCUGGCCAGAAGCCAGCGACUGCCAGCGGCAAACGAGAUACCAUCACUCUAGUAGAGAGGAAGACCGAGGCUGCUUCGGGAAGCGCAGCAUUUCCGGAGUCAGAAAGCCCUAUGACAGCGUUCCCAUUGCCAAAGGUUGGCAAAACCCGGGAAUCACCGCAAGGAGUCACUCUACUCCCUGCUCCUGUUCUUCUGACUUCGCUCAAGUCACACACGUCUCGAGCCCCAUUGGCUCUGUCUAUUCGCCAGGUGGCUUCACAUGUGAUCGCAUCGAUUGCAUACACAUUUUCUACACUUGAAGGAUGGUCCAUUGGUAUACAGGACCUCCAGAUACGGCGACAGGGCGCAGGCCAACCGUCGUCAGAGAUCGCCUCAACACGACUUGCUUUCACUAAGCCCGUGAAGGCUGCGUCCUCAAUUUCUUCGACUUCCUCAACUGCGAGCCCACAGCUUCAGUCUCAAACACAUAUGCCCGAAGGUCCGACGACGCUAUGCUACAGCCACCCGUAUCUUUUGGCCGCGAUGCCAGAUAACACUAUGAUUCUACACAUUUGUACAUCAAAUGCCACGAAGUUUGAUCUUUCUUCAGGCAUUCGCCUCUGGGGCCAUACGUCAGGCAUCAGCGAUGCGGAAAUCACGGCACGAGGCAAAGCCGUGAGCGUCAGCUCUCGAGGCGAGGAAAUUCGAGUCUGGGAACUCGAGGGACGCGUCAGUGGCAAAAGUAUCGAAAUUAGACCAAAAUCAACCUUGGGCUCUGCUUCCACAGAUAUCGCUUUGUCCUCGCCUGAUGCGACAACAGAACGCUGGGAUGACCGACGUAACUGGGUGGGCUUUGAUGACGAAAUGGUCAUCGUACUGAAGGAGGCCAAGGAUGGGAAGGAGAGUCUCCUUGUUUACGAUUUCUCAUGA